GGCGCAUGCGCGCCCUCUCCCAGAAGCCUGUAACGCUGAGGGGCGCGCGCCCCCACCCGCGCGCGCACGCUUGCGCUAGCCAAGGCUUCCCCGCCUGCGCUCGUUGUCAGAGCCGCUCCGGCGCGUGCGCGCGUUAUCUCCGGCAGACCCGAGUAGCCAGGUUCCCUAAGCUCCAGGCCCCCGCCCCACAUCACCCCCUCCCAGCCCCAGUCAACCCGUCCCCUUCCUCUCCUCGCGGAAUGGGGCCGGCGCUGCUCGGGGUCGCGCGCCCGGGACCCGGCUCGCGCUCGGUCUCGCGCUGUCAGCGACUGCCCCGCUCGCGCCGCCUCGCGCUCUCGCUCAGUCAGUGGCGCCGAAGGCUCCGUUAAGCGGCGGCGGCGGUUCCUGUUUCCGUUUCUUCGUCUCCCUUCAGUCGGGAGUAGCAUCCUCCACCCAGCCACCCCUCCCACUCCCCAACGGGGCAGCUGCAGCUGAGGGCUGUGGCGGCGGCGGUGGCGGCGGCAGCUGGGGACGGCGGAGACCGCCUCUGCUCCCGCCUCGGGUUGCUGCUUUUGCUAAGAGAGUACCCAUGACCCUGAUGGUAUUUUCAUUCAAGAUAAAGUGUUCUAUUGCCUUUAUUGAUUAACUGAACGAAUUCAGUUACCCAGAGUCAACCAGUCUAUAAGCAGAUGACUCUCCUUCUAACGUCAAAAGUGAUAAUUUUAGUGACCCAGAUUCAAGCAAUAAUAUCUUCCUUUUGGAAAUACCAUGUGGUUUUGUACGCUUGUGUUCUAGUGGAAGGAAGAUGUCUGGUCUAGACAUGGGAAGAUACUUGGCUGUGGAAAACCUUGCAGUAGAAUCUGGAAUCAGCAUGUAGAGUCCAUGAAGCACAAGACAGUAAAGCUUCUUACUCAUACCACCAGGAGGAUCUCCUUGAAAGAUUCGCUACAGGACUACCAGAGACACAAAUUCUCUGAAGCAUGAUGUGUUGAAACAACAAAAGGCUACUGCUUACGCACUAGCUACAAACAGACUUAAGAUGUUUCCAAUUCUUUGAGCUCCGGGAAGCCAGGGGAGUGAGUUGAAAAUCUGAAAAUGCGGCCAUGGACUGGUUCCUGGCGUUGGAUUAUGCUCAUUCUUUUUGCCUGGGGGACCUUGCUGUUUUAUAUAGGUGGUCACUUGGUACGAGAUAAUGACCACCCUGAUCACUCUAGCCGAGAACUGUCCAAGAUUCUGGCAAAGCUUGAACGCUUAAAACAGCAAAAUGAAGAUUUGAGGCGAAUGGCUGAAUCUCUCCGGAUACCAGAAGGCCCCAUUGAUCAGGGACCAGCCUCAGGAAGGGUUCGUGCUUUAGAAGAGCAGCUUUUGAAGGCCAAAGAACAGAUUGAAAAUUAUAAGAAACAAACUAGAAAUGGUCUGGGGAAAGAUCAUGAAAUCCUAAGGAGGAGGAUUGAAAAUGGAGCUAAAGAGCUCUGGUUUUUUCUACAAAGUGAAUUGAAGAAAUUAAAGAAUUUAGAAGGAAAUGAACUCCAAAGUCAUGCAGAUGAAUUUCUGUCAGAUUUGGGACAUCGUGAAAGGUCUAUAAUGACGGAUCUAUACUACCUCAGUCAAACAGAUGGAGCAGGUGAUUGGCGGGAAAAAGAGGCCAAAGAUCUGACAGAGCUGGUCCAACGGAGAAUAACAUAUCUUCAGAAUCCCAAGGACUGCAGCAAAGCCAAGAAGCUAGUAUGUAAUAUCAACAAAGGCUGUGGCUAUGGCUGUCAACUCCAUCAUGUGGUCUACUGUUUCAUGAUUGCAUAUGGCACUCAGCGAACACUCAUCUUGGAAUCUCAGAAUUGGCGCUAUGCUACUGGUGGAUGGGAAACUGUGUUUAGACCUGUGAGUGAGACCUGCACAGACAGAUCUGGCACCUCCACUGGACACUGGUCAGGUGAAGUAAAGGACAAAAAUGUUCAGGUGGUUGAGCUCCCCAUUGUAGACAGUCUUCAUCCUCGUCCACCAUAUUUGCCUCUGGCUGUACCAGAAGACCUUGCAGAUCGGCUUGUACGAGUCCAUGGUGAUCCUGCAGUGUGGUGGGUGUCCCAGUUUGUCAAAUACUUGAUCCGCCCACAACCUUGGCUGGAAAAGGAAAUAGAAGAGACUACUAAGAAGCUUGGCUUCAAACAUCCAGUUAUUGGAGUACACGUCAGACGUACAGACAAAGUAGGAACAGAAGCAGCCUUCCAUCCCAUUGAGGAAUACAUGGUACACGUUGAAGAACAUUUUCAGCUUCUCUCUCGCAGAAUGCAAGUGGAUAAACGAAGAGUAUAUUUGGCGACGGAUGACCCUUCUUUAUUAAAGGAGGCAAAAACAAAGUACCCCACUUACGAAUUUAUUAGUGAUAACUCUAUCUCUUGGUCAGCCGGACUACACAAUCGAUACACAGAAAAUUCGCUUCGGGGUGUGAUCCUGGAUAUACACUUUCUCUCCCAGGCAGACUUCCUAGUGUGUACUUUUUCAUCCCAGGUCUGUCGAGUCGCUUAUGAAAUCAUGCAAACACUUCAUCCUGAUGCUUCUGCAAACUUCCAUUCUUUGGAUGACAUCUACUAUUUUGGGGGCCAAAAUGCCCACAACCAGAUUGCCAUUUAUCCUCACCAACCUCGAACUGUAGAUGAAAUCCCCAUGGAACCUGGAGAUAUCAUUGGUGUGGCUGGAAAUCAUUGGGAUGGCUAUUCUAAAGGUGUCAACAGGAAACUGGGAAGGACGGGCCUAUAUCCCUCCUACAAAGUCCGAGAGAAGAUAGAAACGGUCAAGUACCCCACAUAUCCUGAGGCUGAGAAGUAAAGCUUAGAUGGAAGAGAAGGACAACUAAACUCAGUUAAAACCAUUUGAGCCAAACAGUAGAUGAAGAAGGCCCUGACCUUACAACACAUGGUGAAAUGAGUAGACACCUUCAAGCAUCAGGAGCAAUUGGGAACUGACAGAUGCUUCAUUGGUGGAAUUACUCUUUAACAAGGGCCACAAUGCCCUUAAACUCAUGCACAGUCCAAUAAUGUACUCACAUAUAACAUACAAACAGAUUGUUUUCUAUUUUGCCCCUUCUUUCAAGAUUAUGUCCCCAUGAGACAAACACUGCCACAUUGUGUAAUUUAAGUGACACAGACAUUUUGUGUGAGACUUCAAACAUGGUGCCUAUAUCUGAAAGACCUUUGUGACCUAAUGAGAAGACCCCGAAUAGCUCCCUACGUCAGGAGGUUGAUCCUUUGCCAGUGGUGCUGUUGUAACCACUGAAUUCACUCCAAUCAGCAGAUUCAGAAUGAGAAUGGAUGUUUUUGUCUGGAUUUUUUUUUUUAAGUAAUUGCAUCAGUUCACCCACCUCAUCAUUAAUAAGUGAAGGAUACAUCAGAAAAUAAAAUAUUCACACUCCAUUAGGAACUUUUGUAAAACAAUGCCAUGAACAGAUCUUUAGUACUCAAUGUUUCUGGACAUUCUCUUUGAUAACAAAAAAUAAAUUUUAAAAAGGAAUUUUG